UUCUUCUUCUGCUUUAGUUUCCGAGAAAGUUGAAGCAGAGAAGCAGAGAAGCAGAAAGUUUCAGAAUUCUCUUUUCUCUUUUAGCUCAAAGCUCACACACACGAACACUCGAUUCCUCGUUUAACCUUUGUGUUUGUCAAUUUUCGUUUCCUCUUUUGACGAUUCAUUUCUCGAUUCGAUCUCGAUUUGUGUUUUGUUUAGUGUUUAAAGAUCGAUUCCAAUCUUUUACUUCUGGAAUACUGAUGAAGUUUUUUUAAGGAUUUGAUCUGUUGAAGUUUCGAUUAAGAAGAUAGUUGUUUAGGGUUUAUGGUUUGUAAUUGAAUUUUUUUUUAUCUGGAAUGGGUUGUGAGGUUUCAAAGCUAUCUGCACUUUGUUGCGUUUCAGAAUCUGGAAGAUCGAAUCCUGAUGUUACAGGCUUAGAUGAAGAAGGGAGAGGUGAAUCGAAUGAUUUGCCUCAGUUUCGUGAAUUCUCUAUAGAGACUAUAAGGAACGCUACUUCAGGAUUUGCAGCAGAGAAUAUAGUUUCAGAGCAUGGUGAGAGAGCUCCUAAUGUUGUUUAUAAAGGGAAGCUUGAGAAUCAAAGACGUAUUGCUGUCAAAAGGUUUAACAGGAAAUCUUGGCCUGAUUCUCGUCAAUUCUUGGAAGAAGCCAAAGCUGUUGGUCAAUUACGGAAUCAUAGGAUGGCAAAUUUACUUGGAUGUUGCUAUGAAGGUGAAGAGAGACUACUUAUUGCAGAGUUUAUGCCUAAUGAAACUUUGGCAAAACAUCUUUUCCACUGGGAGUCACAACCAAUGAAGUGGGCGAUGCGACUGAGAGUAGCUUUACAUAUUGCUCAGGCGCUAGAGUAUUGUACCAGCAAAGGACGUGCACUUUACCAUGACCUAAAUGCUUAUAGAGUUCUCUUUGAUGAUGAUGCAAAUCCAAGACUUUCAUGCUUUGGUUUGAUGAAAAACAGUAGAGAUGGAAAGAGUUACAGCACUAACCUGGCAUUCACUCCUCCCGAGUAUCUGAGGACCGGUCGCGUAACACCCGAAAGUGUGAUAUACAGCUUUGGAACUCUAUUACUUGACCUUCUGAGUGGAAAGCACAUACCUCCAAGCCAUGCGUUGGACCUCAUACGGGACAGGAACAUUCAGAUGCUGAUGGAUUCAGGUUUGGAGGGUCAAUUUUCAAGUGACGAUGGGACUGAAUUAAUAAGGUUAGCUUCAAGAUGCUUGCAAUAUGAACCCCGAGAGCGGCCUAACCCAAAAUCUUUAGUCUCUGCAAUGAUUCCUCUUCAGAAAGAUCUUGAGAUUGCUUCUCAUCAAUUGUUGGGCAUACCUAACAGUGCCACAACCACCGCUCUUUCACCACUUGGCGAAGCAUGCCUAAGACCAGAUCUAACUGCUAUACAUGAGAUCAUUGAAAAGCUUGGAUACAAGGAUGACGAGGGUGCAACCACAGAGCUUUCUUUCCAGAUGUGGACCGACCAGAUGCAGGACACAUUGGUCUUCAAGAAAAAGGGGGAUUCUGCAUUCCGACAUAAAGACAUUGCAAAGGCCAUCGAAUGCUUUUCUCAGUUCAUCGAGGUAGGUACAAUGGUUUCCCCAACUGUUUAUGCAAGACGUAGUCUAUGUUACCUAAUGAAUGAGAUGCCUAAAGAAGCACUAUAUGAUGCAAUGCAAGCCCAAGUCAUAUCUCCUGCGUGGCAUAUCGCAUCCUAUCUCCAAGCUGUAGCUUUGUCAGCUCUAGGACAAGAGAACGAAGCACACGCUGCUCUAAAAGACGGUGCAAUGCUUGAAAGCAAAAGAAACACUUUGUGAUUAUAAGUAAAACGAAGAGGAGAAACUGGAGUAGGAGAUAAACAUAAUCCUUUACGCUAACCCAUACACCCGAAGAACCACUGUCUCAACCUUGUAUGUAUGAAAUGCCUGCAGAUUUAAGAUCAAAGCAUUACAAAUCUACAUCAAUUGUUCCUUUCCAAAGCCUUGAUCAUCACAUCACUGGUUAGUCUGGUUUUUAUUUCAGUUUAGUGCCCGUUUUGCAAGAUCCUCGUUUCAAGCCACUGCGAUUCUUCGAUUACAGCGAGUGGACUGUGUUUAUUCUGUUGUUGUUGUUGUUGUUGUUGUUUUGGUUGAAUGGUACAGACGUGUUUGGUAUCAUAGAGAAGAAAAGAAGUGUCCAUGGAGAUAUAUGAGAUAACAAAACUUCAAAAUGUGUGAUUGUGUAUUAUUUGCUUUAAUGUAAUUCAAAUGUUUUGUAUAGAAGGAAGUAGAAACCUCUAUGUUAUUCCA